UAAUGAAUAACUCCACUUUGAUUUGCAAUGCUCGACAUAAGCAAAUCUAUUAAAUUUAUACAUCUCGCAAUAAUACACAACCUAAGUACACACCUAGAAUGCAUCUCAAAUUACCAAAUUGUUCUCCAUAACCUAAAAUAAAUGAUUUCAAAGUCAAGAAAUUAAAAUGUCCUUUUACAUACAAAAAACAACUUUCACAUCAUUAAAGUCCUAUAAUUAAACAAAAUCAUGCAAAUCAUGAUUCUAGUGAAAGUUUUAUGAAAGACUUAGAAUCAUCUGGUAAUGAAGAUUUGAAGGAAAUCAAUAAGAGUUUAUUGCUUACAUCUUAAGAAAUUAAUAAGAAAAUGUAAUUCAGUAUAGAAAAUUAUCUUAACAGCACUUUCAAAUAGAAACAUAUCUAAUAAAAAGUAAAUAAUUUCAUUGAUUUUAAUUUUAAUCAAGCCACUACUUCUAACCAUUUAUUUGAUUUAUCCAAGAGUAGAAGAGAAACUCCUUUAUAACCAAUAAGACUAUAUCAAAAAAAAUGA